AUGCACCGAUUCCCCUCCUUGAACACCAGCAUCGUAUUUCGGACGCCCUCUUGGAGUCGCGACGACGGGAGCCCGACGAGUGCGUCCAGUCCAAUCAUUCGCUGCAAUCCCCGCAAUGAGGUCUUUCGGCGCUUCUCCGAUGACGCGGCAGAAGACGAGGGCGGAGUCGACCGGACGACGUUUGAAAAAGCCGAGACAGCGUACAAGAACGCCGUGAAGUCUCUUCAGUCACAUCUUGACAAGGAGGAGGUCGCGACAGUCUUACCGAAAGGCACCGCCGGCAAGCACAGUGACCCCAAAUCAGAACUUCACCGGAUUGCUUGGGACAUACAAAGGACCAAGGAGGCGAGGCUAGGGGAGGGAAAGACUAAGAAACUGAUUGAGUGUUUGGAUCACUACCACGGAGUCUUUGAUAUUCUGUCGCAGGCAGAGUUCUCAGGUCUACCGUUGAUCUGGGGCGGUCUGAAGUUUGUACUCCUGGUAGGCGCUUCCCGCUCCCACCGAGACGACAGUCUUACUUACAAGGGCCAGGUAACGAAGAACAAUUCCAACGUCCUCUCCAAAGUAGUCGAUGUGAUGAUCGACAUUGGGCGGGAUCUGGAAAGGAUACGAGGGUAUACUGCAUUGUAUCCGACUCCACGGAUGCUUGAGUUCUCGGCCGAAUUGUACGCGGCGAUUGUUGAGUUUCUGGAAAAGGUUAUUAAAGAUGUGAAGAAUGCAGAAAAGAAUAUUUUCAAGCGCGCGAUGACGACCUUCCUACAGCCCUUUGAGAUCCGCUACGGAGAACUUGUGGCGAAGAUGAAGAAAACACAAAGGCAUAUCCGCGAGGACGCAGAGCUAUGUUUCCACGUUAGACAGGCAAUGACGAACCACGCAAUAGACAGAUACCGGACGGUACUGCCGCUUCAAAGGCAGGCGAUGCACCAAGCCUUUAAAUCCGUCGCCGAAAGCCCGACAGCAGAUCUGUUUCAAGCGAUACGGAAGAAUUUGUUCAAGAAUUUCGAAGUCCAAGCCGGAUUCCACCAGGAAUUGCAGGCCACUUACGAGGUCACGACAUCAAAGGCGUGGAUCGAGUGGUUCAGGAUGGAGCAGAAAUACGUCCCCUCGGGAUACUCCCAGGAGACAAAAGUGAUACAGGCAGAGUGCGACGCCCCCGAUCCGCAGCAUGCUUUGGUCUGGAAGAAACAGCAACGCAAAUUCGCGUCGCAUGUCCCGUCGGCGUACUUGAUCUGGACGCGCGGCAUGACUGCACAGUCGGCGAUAGCAUCGCUCGUGGACCAGAUACUAGUGCAGAAGACGGAGGUCAUGAUAGACGCCGGGAUUGACUUGGAUCAAUUCAAGGAGGCCAACAACAACGUGGCAUCUCUGUGGAAAUUCUUCCUCUACCUUACAAGGGUUCUCGGAGGUUGCAUGGUUUACAUCACCAUCGGAUCUGUCGGCGAACAGGAGUUUGCCAUCGUUGGUAAGUUCGUUCGAAUGGCGAAGAGCUGGAAGGGACCGCCUAUCAACGUGACGCUCAUUCAUCCGUUCAACGAUAACUUUGCAAGGACGGAUGACGUCGUAAACCUUGACGACAAGUACGAUGUACACCCGCGACUCACGACGACGGACGCGAUGCACCACGUGCUGCUUUUGGAAACCAAUCCCCAGCGGAAGAUCUCGGACACGAUCCGGAGCCUUUUGUGGGAGACCGUCUGGCGAGAGGUGCGGUACGCCGUCAUUGGCAUCGCACUCACACAGGUCAUAGAGAAGGUACAUCUCGCAGCUGAGAAGGUCACCCGGGAAGCGCCGGUCAGAGGCACAUCGUCUCUAUCAGAUGCGGAUAUCAAUCGAUGGGUCGCUGUGGUCGGAAGGUGGACGGCAGCCACCUGGUCCAUGAACAGCAUGCGAGAGCAGAUCCAGCGGCACAUUGACAUUGUCGACAUUCAUCUCCCGCCUGAAAGGAAGAAGAGGCUGGAGAGCAAAUUAAGUUUGCUGGUUUUUGAGCAAGACGCGGAACUCGGCUCGCAACUUACGUUUGCGCAACGGGAGGCAAUAUGGGUCGACGUCCAGGAAGCCAUCAAGCCUGGGACAGCUGAAAUGUUUUGCACCAAGAUAGAGGAGCUUGUGGCCGCGUUACUUGAAGACUACCGUAACGAAGGUUCAGGGGGAGAGGGAGAAGUGAAGGGCCUCCCUUUCCCUGUCGUUGAUGCAUUGUUUGGGAAGUGCGGGCGUUGGAAAGAUUCAUUCUCUGAGGAUCCGGACUUGGUUGCUGAUGGGAUGACGAAGGCCAUUGAAAUCGGGUUUGUGGGUCUAAUUCAAGCACUAGCAUUGCAAGAGAUAGAAGAAGAAGAAUAG